AUGCCUCCUACUGCAUCAUCCGCUGCCAAGAAAGGAGCAUCUCUGAAGGCCCUGACGACGAGGUUAAAGGAUGUUCAGUCCUCGUUCAACGAUAUAUGGCAGUUUGUAGAGAACUGCACGGAAGAAACUACUAUCACCGACGCGGAAAUACGCCUGCAGAAACUCGACGAGCUGUGGGAAAGGUUUGGUGAUAUCCUAGUCGAGAUAAAAUGCCACGAUGAUUUUCCUGCCGAUGGUGAUGGUUACGAGAAGGAACGAAAGGAAUUUAGUGACUAUUACUACCGGGCAAAAUCGUUUCUCGUAGAUAGGGUCAAGGAGCGACAGGAACAUUCGGUUUUGGAACAGUCCAUCCGUGUCGGAGAGACGUCGAUGCAUGGCACGUUGGAUCACGUACGCCUCCCACAGAUAAAACUGCAGACUUUCAACGGUGACAUCGACGAGUGGCUUAGUUUUCGGGACCUUUUCACUUCACUCAUCCAUUGGAAGUCGGACUUGCCCGAAGUUGAAAAGUUCCAUUACCUCAAGGGGUGUCUGCAAGGUGAACCAAAGAGCCUUAUUGACCCUUUGCAGAUCACUAAGGCAAAUUAUCCAAUUGCCUGGGAAAUGUUGUUAAAAAGGUACAACAACAGCAAGCUGCUGAGAAAGCGACAGGUGGAGUCGCUGUUCAAGUUACCUAGCCUUUCGAAGGAGUCCGCAUCAGAGCUACACAUGCUUCUGGAGAGUUUUGAGAGAGCUGUCCAAACUCUCGAUCAAGCUGUACAACCUGGAGAUUACAAGGAUCUUCUUCUCAUUAGCCUUCUCACCGCGCGUCUGGACCCAGUGACUCGUAGGGGGUGGGAAGAGUGCUCGUCAAGCAAGGAAGUGGAUACACUGAAGGAUCUCACAGACUUUCUUCAUCGUCGAGUGCAGGUGUUGGAGUCGCUACCACCAAGGUCGGUGGACAACAGGGGCACCCAGCAGUCACAAGUGCCUUCGAAACAGAAACCACCUGUUGUGAAGACUAGCUACAGUACAGCACAAUCGUCUGGGGGACGUUGCGUGGCAUGCACGGCGAACCAUCUGCUGUAUCAGUGCGGUGCAUUCCAGCGGAUGUCGGUAUCAGAUCGGGAAGCACUACUUCGGACUCACUCUCUCUGUCGUAACUGCUUUAGGCAGGGCCACCAGGCGAAGGAUUGUCAGUCCAAAUUUUCCUGCCGAAAUUGUAAGGGUCGGCAUCACACGAUGGUUUGCUUCAAACGAGAGAAGGAAAAUAAUGCCAAGGGAGCAAAAAUUGCUAAUGGUGAGAAUGCAUCUACAUCCAAGGAGCCUCAGGCACCUGAAUCUCUUCAAGUGUUACUGGCCACCGCAGUAGUCGUUAUCGAGGAUGAUGACGGCAGACAUUUCCCCGCUCGUGCCCUGCUAGACUCGGGGUCGGAGAGCAAUUUUGUAACGGAGCGAUUGAGUCAAAGGUUGAAGGUUGGACGACAAAAGGUAGAAAUUUCGGUUCUCGGAAUCGGUCAGACCGCCACUAAGGUCAAGCAGCGGAUUUUAACCACGAUUCGGUCGCGCGUUUCUGACUUUUCACGAGAAAUGAGCUUUCUCGUAUUACCAAAGGUGACGGUAAAUCUACCGACAGCCACAAUCAACGCAGCAGGAUGGGCAAUUCCAAAUGGUAUUAAAUUGGCCGAUCCGUCAUUCUGUGUGUCCAAGGGUGUGGACAUGGUACUCGGCAUUGAAGCCUUUUUCGACUUCUUCGUAACUGGUCGGAAAAUAUUACUUGGCGAGCAAAUGCCAGCGUUAAACGAGUCGGUAUUUGGGUGGGUGGUUUGCGGCGGCUUAUCAAACCCCACUCAGUCACUAAAGAUUAAUUGCAAUGUUUCCACGUCGGAUAGUUUGGAAGCGCUGGUGGAACGAUUCUGGGAUUGCGAGGGAAUCGAAUCAACGGUAAAUUAUUCACCUGAUGAGGCGCGCUGUGAGGCAUUGUUUGCCCAAACAGUUCAGCGUGGUGCAGAUGGGCGGUAUACUGUUUCUCUACCAAAGGACGAAGCAAUCCUUGCUCGGAUGGGCGAUUCAAGGGACAUCGCAUUCCGAAGGCUCUUAGGCACGGAGCGAAGGCUGGCAAGGGACGCUGGUCUACGGGAACAGUACGUUUCAUUCAUGGAGGAAUAUCAUCGGUUGGGACACAUGCGAAGGGUCGAGGCAACGGCGAGUGAUCCAGUUAGACGAUGUUACCUACCGCAUGAUCCUGUAGUUAAGGAGGCGAGCACUACUACGAAGGUUCGAGUAGUCUUUGACGCAUCCUGUAACACAUCGUCGGGCAUCUCGUUAAACGAUGUAUUGCUGGUGGGGCCAGUAAUCCAGGAGGAUCUACGGUCGAUUAUCUUGAGAUGCAGGACCAAGCAGAUAAUGCUCGUGGCCGACGUUGAAAAAAUGUUUCGACAGGUCUUGAUCAGCCCGGAGGAGAGACCAUUGCAAUGCAUCCUUUGGCGCUCGUCACCUACUGCGGAGGUAUCAACGUACGAGCUAAAUACGGUUACCUAUGGUACCAAACCAGCACCGUUCCUGGCAACUCGAACGCUGCAACAACUGGCGACAGAUGAAGAGUAUCGAUUUCCUUUGGCUGCAAGGGCAGUCAUCAAGGACACGUAUAUGGAUGAUGUGAUAACAGGUUCGAAUGAUGUGAAUGAGGCGAUGCAGCUAAGGAUUCAAUUAAACGAACUGCUGGAUAGUGGUGGAUUUCGGCUCAGGAAGUGGGCGUCGAACUCGACGCAAGUAUUGGAAGGCAUUUCCAACGAUGAUUUGGCAAUUCGUGAUACCAAGGGAAUAAGUUUAGACCCAGAUCCCUCAGUGAAGACAUUGGGGCUCACGUGGAUACCGAAUACUGAUGUUUUCAGGUUCCAGUUCAACAUUCCACCACCGGAUGAAACGGAUGCACUAUCAAAACGUCGGGUUUUAUCGAUAAUAGCUACACUAUUCGAUCCUUUGGGACUUAUAGGCGCCACCAUCACGACCGCCAAGCUGUUCAUGCAGCUUUUAUGGACUCUUAGAGACAAAGAUGGAAAUCGUUUGGAUUGGGAUCAAUCGUUACCACCGAUGAAAUACACUGCUUCUCGGAUGCCUCUGAGAAGGCAUACGGGGCUGCGUUGGAUUAACGCGGUUCCGACGACGUGGAGCACGUUUAUUGCCAACAGGGUGGCAAAGAUCCAGAACUUAACGGAAGAAUGGGAGUGGCGUCAUGUUCCUGGCAAAAACAAUCCUGCAGAUUUAAUAUCCAGAGGAGUUUCUCCACAGGACAUUCUCAGUAACGCCUUCUGGUGGCAGGGCCCCACCUGGUUGGCAGAAUUUCGAGAACUGUGGCCUCAGUCUCAUGGCGAUGGUGACAGCGAGGAAGGGGACGAAGAAAGGCGUCGCACAGUAGUUUCAACAACAUGUUCUUCAGUAAAGGAAUUCAACGAUUGGUACAUCUGCAAGUUUUCAUCCUAUUCAGAUCUGGUUCGACGUACAGCUACUUGGUUGCGACUCAUUAAACUACUACGCACUCAGAAAAAUCAGCCACCUGGUUUUAUUACUACUAUCGAGCUGCGGGAAGCAGAGGAAACCCUUGUUCGUCGUGUACAACUGGAAGGGUUUGCUAAUGAGUGGAAGGCUCUAACGAAUGGUAAGCCAGUAUCAGGUCAAUCGGCUUUACGUUGGUACUACCCUGGUAUCGCAGAAGAUCGUCUUAUUAGGCUUGGUGGACGACUAAAACAUUCACAGGAAUCGGAUGAUACCAAGCACCCUAUAGCUCUUCCAGCUCGUCAUCGCUUCACUCGGAUGCUACUACAACAUUACCACGAGCGAUUGCUUCAUGCUGGACCACAGCUACUUUUGAGUGUCGUAAGGCUUCGUUUCUGGCCUUUGCGUGGAAGAGAUAUGGCAAGACAUAUUGUGCACAAAUGCCAUAGAUGUUUUCGUGCGAAACCAACUCCGGUACAGCAGUUCAUGGGAGAAUUGCCAUCAGCUCGCGUGACAGUUUCUCGGCCAUUUUCGAAAACAGGUGUGGAUUAUUUCGGACCGGUGUACUUGAGACCAGUACCACGACGAGGAGCAGUGAAAGCAUAUGUCGCCAUAUUCAUCUGUCUUUGCACCAAAGCAGUACGAGUUGGUGUCGGACUUGUCCACAGAUCGGUUUAUGCAAGCACUUAG